UCUAUCUUUAGCACAAAGCACAAAGACAAUGUAUACCCAUACUCAAAUGCUUCAAAAAACUGACCCUUUUUUCCUCUCUAAACAACAAUCCCUUUACCCAAAUGAACCAAUUGAUCAUCUCUGCAUUGACUCCACUAAUUAUCUUGACCCACUUCAGUACUCUUUUUCUGAAUUUCCAACUACCGAACAUGAGAAACCCCCUGUUCUUGAAGGGAUUGCAGCUGUAGUUGGAGAACAUGUUCUUUUUGGCAGCUGUAAUAAUAAAAACAAGAGAAGUGUUGAUCAAAAUUCUGAGAGUAGUACUGCAGUUUCGAUUCUGAAGCGCACGUGCCCUGCACCUGACAAAUACAGAGGCGGCGCGAGGAAAGAAGAAAAGAGAAAUGUUCCAGUGGAGAGGAGCUACAGAGGAGUGAGGAAGAGGCCGUGGGGGAGGUGGUCAGCGGAGAUACGUGACCGUAUAGGGCGGUGCCGCCACUGGCUUGGUACUUUCGACACGCCAGAGGAGGCUGCGCGUGCGUAUGACGCGGCUGCUAGGUGGCUAAGAGGCUCAAAGGCGCGAACCAACUUCCAAAUUCCUCCAGUUGUGCCUUUACCUUUGAAUUCAUCACCAACAUCAAUUUCAUCCUCUUCUAAUACCUCUACUGAACUAAAAAAGAAUAAGAAAAUUAGUUCUUGUGCUAAUAAAAGCAAUAUGCCUACAACCAGGAAAUGCUCCGUGGUAACUUCAGCUGCCCAUCUUUUCAGCUCUAGCAGUACGCCUGCUGUGGAGCUUGAUCUGAAGCUUGGAUUUGGGAAGAAGUAGCUAGCUAGCUUUUUACUUUGAAAGUAGGUAGCACUAGUUAUAUGUAGUAUAGUACUUUAAUUUGUGUGUAAAUGAAACUAUGUUGUUCUAGGUUCAGCCUGUUUCAUUGUGCUGUGGUAUCAUGACUACGGCUGGGUAUGAGAAGAAGUUUUUGGAUGUUGUAUUAGAAUUUUAGAAGAAAGAACACAUAAAAAGGUUAUGCGCCAUGCGUGUUAAAUGUAGUUAACUAAUCUUUUUGAGAAACUA